AUGAAGAACUAUGGUCGACGCAGAACAUUCCUCAUUGAAAGCAAUUUCGCUGUGGAGGAUCUUCUUGAGGAUGUCUUUGGGAAUAUGACCUUCGAUGAAAUACGCAUUUGGGAUACCAGCCUGGCCGAAAUGGAUACAUCGAUGCUGCUUUCAUCCAAAGAUCGAUUGGAGAUGUUGACAAUUGGAAAGAGUCCCCUUGGAGAGUUUCCAUUCCACAUCCUUCCUCAGAUGACUCUUCUAAGUGAACUCAACCUGGAUGAAAUUUCCUUGAAGUCAGUGCCAGCCCUGGAAAGUCCAAGUCUGAAGAAUCUGAUUAUUUCGAACAAUAAAAUAGAUGCACUGAAGCCCAGCUGGUCCACACCCACUUUAGAAAGUCUUGACAUCAGCUACAAUCCUAUUUCGGAGAUUCCUCGUGGACUUCUCAAGGGCUUCAGGAAUUUGGUGUCAUUUGAGGCAUCUCAUUGCAGUCUGGGACCUACAUUGCCCAAGGGAUCCUUGACGUUCCGCAGUGAUGUCUUGUCUAAUGUGUCCGUUGGAUUCAAUGGCAUCGUGAGACUGGAACCAGGAGCCAUUACAGGUCUCACGAGUGAGACAACGGUCGAUCUAAGAGAAAACAGCAUCACGGAAAUGACGGAAGAAUCCUUCCGUCCCAUGCUUGAGACCCUUUCCCUGCCGCAAUAUGAGAACAACAAUGCGUUCAAAGAAGACCCCGACACUGGUCUUGCGCGGGAGGGAUCUCAGGAAGCAGGAAUCGGACGGUUCAAUGAAAGCGAAAACAACGAGACGAACUCAUUCCCACACUUGCUUGAGAUCAAUUCGUUUGGGUCCAUUAUUCUUCAGGGUGCUUUGUUCCUCCGUCCCCACACAGCACAGAGAUAUCCCAGGGAUGUCCCUAACUGGACGACUUGUCCCCAUGUCUUUAUAGGAUAUCCUGAAGACAUCUUCUUUCGGACGGUUUCGGACAUCUCGAAAAGGAAAAAUUUAGGUACACUUGGGGUCGGAAGGCAGGACGCCUGGGAACACAAGGCGGCAAAUGGGAACACCUCGCUCAGAUUGGGAGAUCUAUUAUGGGAGAAGGCAGCUGGUUUAUCAAGAAGUCCAUGGAGUGGAGAAUAUGCAUCCAAGCAAGUUUCUUCAGGGUAUGUAUGUUCCAUGAUGCCUUAUUCUACACCUGGAGCUUCAGCUGCUAAUGGUGGUGAUGCAGAAAGAUCAAGGCAACAAAAUAUCUCCCAGUCAUCUUCCUCAUCUCCAUUGAAACCAAUCGAGCAAUCCCAAGAUAUUCCAGGCCUCCUGAAGAAACUCCUAUAUGUUGUCCAAGAUAUCAAUAAAAACGUUGCUGUUCAAGGGACAGCACUAGCUAAUGUACAACUGAGUGUGAAGAAGAUGAUACCACCUUGCAAUGAGCUUCAAUUGCCUGUUCAGUUCCCUUUGGAUACUCUCAGCUCACUGGAAAUAAUGGAAGACUUUUUAAGUCACCCUGCCAAUGUUAAUGCCUUGGUAGAAGCAGUCAUGCAAGCUUUCAAAGAUGCAACAGAACACAAAGUUCAGGGAGACAUCAAAACUUGCCUAAGGAAUGCACCUGCAAAGUGGACAAAAGAGCAAGCUAAGAAGAUGAAGAUGAUGAAAAUGAAGAUGAAGCUGAAACCUAGAUGAACACCUGAAAGCCUGUGCAAGACUUCAACCCCACCCACCUCAUAAUUCAAAAUAGCCCCUUCUCUUCCCAAAAUCGCACCCUUUUUUUGCCUGAAAAUAGGUAUGGGCAGGGCCGGAAUAAGGGGGGGGGGGGGCAAAGGAUCCCCCCAAGAUUCCUAUGUUCCCUCAUUUUUACCCAACUCUGUAUUAAGGUGAAUGCAGAUGAGUGAAAAAGGAAAAUUGAAGAGUUAGAGGAGCAGGAGGACGAUGUUUGAAAGCGUAAAGCUCAUGAGAAGUCAUAGCUCCAACUGAGGGAAGUUGAGGAGUGGGAACUACCAUGGCGUUCAAAAUGCUCGUGUCAUUAGCAUUCAAAGCUCCUGAACCUUCGAACUUUGAAUAUCGGUAUGCUAGGUAUCCAUGAAUGAAACUUCAACUGCAGGAAAAGGAAUAGACCAUGUAGAUCUGGUUGAAGAAUUCUUUAUUGUGUUCUUCAUCGACGUGUCUUCCGACGUGUCCUCAACGUUCUGGAUCCUCCAUAUGUCUGUUCGCAAGAGCGUUCUCAUAUCCUUGGCGGUAACCCAAUAGGUACAUGUUGAUUUCUCUUUCUUGCUCUUGUAUUCCAAUCGAGAUGUGCAGCUGUAGAGAAAAACGUUUCACUUCUGGGUGAAUCACAGGAAAUUUUUUUCUUUCAAUUUGAUGCAUUUGAUACUGUAACUUAUGACAUUCGAAAUUAUUAUUAUUUUUAUAUCUUAACCUUUGUGUGGAUGGAAGAUGCCCAUAUGUAUGAACAAAUUUUCAUCAUCAACCGUCUGCAACGAAACGCAAUUGAUCACAAAAAUGCAAAUUCCAAGAAACGUCAGAGGCGCACCAGAGUCCCACCAGGGUUCAAGAUCGUUCAUUUCAAUAUAGCUUUACGAAAUAUGCAGAAAAAACGCAGGACUCUUGAGUCCCGACAGGAUUAACUCUUCUCCGAUUUCUUUCUCUAGGGGAAUUUUUGAAGAGCGCGCAUAGCUCGGAGAAAAUUACCUGGUAUUCUUUGCUCGUUCAUUUACUUGAAAAUGUUUUGGCGUGAAUCAAAAGUGGAGAGAGCAGAAAAUGUUUUCUUAUAAAAUUUAAGCAUCUUGCUCAUUAACCUAACGGUACAGAAGCCGUUUGCUUGGUCGAUGUUUGAAGAAAAAAACCGUAGCAAUCGGUUCUAAUCGUCUUUUGCUGGGUUCUAAAGAUGGAGGGGAGGUCUUUCGUGCAUUUGUGUAGGGGGAUCUCAGUCCUUUAUUAUUGCGUUGAUAGGAAAAUGAUAAGGAAUCAUGCUGGACUGGACGAGUGG